AUGGCUGCCCUCGCCAACGCUGCUGUUGCUCCCUCCACCUUCGUCGGCCAGAGCGCCGAGCUCGCCGCCAAGGUCAACAAUGUGGAGGCUCGCGUCUCCAUGAGGAAGACGGCCAAGGCCGUCCCCGCCAGCUCCUUCUACGGCCCCGACCGCCCCCAGUUCCUGGGCCCCUUCUCCUCCCCCCCGUCGUACCUGACCGGCGAGUAUGCCGGUGACUACGGGUGGGACACCGCGGGUCUGUCCGCCGACCCUGAGACGUUCGCCAAGAACCGCGAGCUGGAGGUGAUCCACGCCCGCUGGGCUCUUCUCGGCGCCCUGGGCUGCCUGACCCCCGAGCUCCUGGCGAACAACGGCGUCGAGUUCGGCGAGGCUGUGUGGUUCAAGGCCGGUGCUCAGAUCUUCUCCGAGGGCGGCCUCGACUACCUCGGCAACCCGAGCCUGAUCCACGCCCAGUCCAUCCUGGCCAUCUGGGCCACCCAGGUGAUCCUGAUGGGCGCCGUUGAGAGCUACCGCGUGGGUGGCCUCGAGGGCUUCCAGGAGGUUGAGGACCCCCUGUACCCCGGUGGUGCCUUCGACCCCCUGGGUCUGGCUGACGACCCCGACGCUCUCGCGGAGCUGAAGGUGAAGGAGCUGAAGAACGGCCGCCUCGCCAUGGUGUCGAUGUUCGGAUUCUUCGUCCAGGCCAUCGUGACCGGCAAGGGUCCCCUUGAGAACCUGUCCGACCACCUGGCUGACCCCACCGUGAACAACGCCUGGGCCUAUGCCACCAACUUCACCCCCGGCCAGAUAGAAGAGAGGGGAGGCCACGAAGGGGAGAUGGUGGGGCGGCGAGGAGGGGGCGUGAGGCGGGAACAGAAGAUGGAGAGGCAGGAUGGGUUGAUGAACAUGCAGGGAAGGGAGAUGGGGAGGCAGGAAAAGGAGAUGGGGCAGGGGAGGGAGAGGAGGCGGCUUGAUGCAGUGGUGGUGAUUUGCAGUGAGACGAUUCCACAAGGGGGGGCAAGGAACAGGGAGGGUCUACGGGGCACGGCGAGGCGGAUCUGGAGGCUAGGCAUGGCAGUUUGGGUAGGAAAAGUGUUGGAACUUGCACAGCAGGCUCUCUGA